AUGAAGCGCCAUUUAUACACGCUUGUCCUCUUUACUUGGACGGAUUACAAGACAAUUUUCCUCCCUGUGAUGACAUUUGCGUGUGCAACUGGACCAAUUUCUACCUACCGCCAUUUCAUCAAAACCGUGGUCUGGGUGUUGACCCAUUUGCUUAUAUGCAAUGUGUCAAAUCAGGCCAAAAGCGAAGACGAAGACUCAGUCAACAGACCCUGGAGGCCUCUCCCGUCCAAGCGAAUAACGCGCUCUCAGGCUAUUUCACUCAAGUGGAUAAUGGUCUCUGCCGGGAUGUCAUUUUCCAUCGCCUGUGGCACUCAGUUUGUCAUACUCACCCUUGCAUUGGUGUUGACGACUGUAUUAUACGACGACGUCGGACUCUCACGAAGUUUUGUCGGAAAGAAUGCCUGCAACAUUCUUGGAUACGCUGUCUUCGAAUCAGCCGCGGUAGCACUAAUGGCACCACAUUCGAAAUUUGACUCUGUCUCCCUUUGGGCCAUUGCACUAAGCGCGAUCCUCAUAUUCACCACCAUUCAGGCCCAAGACUUCUCCGAUGUCGAAGGCGAUGCCCUUGCCGGUCGCGUUACAUUCCCUAUAUAUGCUCCGGAGUUUUCGCGACUGGCCACCUUGCUGACAACAACGGCAUGGUCAGUCUUCUAUGGAUGGUUUUGGGGAGUUGGCCCUGUGAUUAGAGUUCUGCUUGCGGUAUUGGGCACUGCUGUGGGUGUAAGGUACUAUAAGCUGCGAACACCAGUCGCAGACAAGCGAACAUACGUGCUCUACAAUGUAUGUGACUAA